AUUUACACAUAUAACACUUCGUUUCUUGCGACUAUCAGACAGGCUUUAGUGGAAGUCUGCGAGGAGGGUCUUGAAAAUGUUUGGCGACGCCAUCAAGAAUGUUCCGAUUUGUUCACAAAAAAAAUUGAAAAACUGGGAAUGCGACAUUUCAUAGAAAAACCAGAAAAUCGGUUUUGCGGAGUCAACUGCGUUACCGUUCCCAAGGAAGUAGACUGGCAAGAGCUCUGCGAUUACCUUUUGACCAAACAUGAAAUAGAAUUGGGUAUGGGCAUAGGACCUACAUUAGAGAAAGCUCUUAGAAUAGGUUUCCUGGCACAAAACGCAAAACCUGAUCUAGUGGAAUUUGUUGUCAGUGCCUUGGAAGAUGGAAUUAAUUACUGCAGAUCGAGAAAGGGCGCGUUUAAUAGCAGUAAUAGUCGAUACGAAUUUUAUUUAACGAAGAAUAAAUAUGAAAAGUAAAGUAAAAUAUGUCAGUAGUAAUUAAUGAAAAUAAAU